GUAGCACCUCAAAUCAGUUUUCGCAAAGUAAAAGAUUUAUUUUUAAAAGACUUUGCAAAAUUUUCGCACUCUGAUUUUACGAUAAGGCGGGGUGUUACACUAUCAAUACCGUUAAACACAAUCGAAUCCUCAAAUAAAUUCUCUCACAUACCAUACACCGUAUCAACUCCCGAAUCCAUACACUCACUCUCAACAAUAGAAUCAAAGCUCAAAGAACUAUCACCGGAAGAGAAAUUUGACGUACCUAAUGUAGAAUGCACGGCCAAAUCGUCAAAAGAGGGAAUUUCCUUAACAAUCAAAUCGUCGAUGUCCUCACUCGUGUCGAGAGAUUAUAUAUCGAUAAAUGAUGAGAGUGAAGCCAAGUUCAUUGAAGAAGAACACCCAUUUCCUAGUGUUGGUCGGCACAUAUACCGCGAGAUGGGUGAAUGGGACCCGUCUAGGAUAGAUGCGAACGAGUAUGCUAUUCCACUCUGGAAUAGCGACAUUGAGACCAUACGUUUGCGUACAGUUUUCCAGAGCAAGGAAGAAGCCCAAACGGGUCUAAUGGCUUAUAACGUCGAUAGGUUGCGAAAGAUUCGGACAAAAGAUUCAAAUCAGAAGUCAUUCAAACUGGUCUGCAGAUCGAAUGCAGAUGUGUCUUGUCUGUGGAAGGCUCGGGUGAAUAAGGCCAGACGGCAUGAUGAUUUGUGGGAAGUAACUGAAUGGACUGACCAACACACUUGCAUGCAACAGGUCGGCAGAAAUGACCAAAGAAACGUGACCACCCAUAUGAUUUCGAAUCUUAUAAUUAAUAAGGUUCAGAAGAAAGUGGAGUACAACGUUAACAUGGUCCAGGCUAAUGUGACGCAGUGUUGGAAAGUCGACGUCAGUUACAAGAAGGCAUGGCACGGCAGGAAAAAAGCAAUCGAGUGUGUGUACGGCAGUUGGGAGUCGAACUUCGCAGAACUCCCUCA